AUGCCGUCCGAUCUGGCCUACUGGAUCAUCUCGGUGCCAUUGGAGGACUCGGAUCCGCACCGCAUGUUCUCCGAGCUCGGCAAGAAGCUCCUCUCCGACGGCGGUUCCGCAUCCAACGACUUUGGCCAGCUCAACUUCCCACCGCUCAAAACGGGCACGCUGGAAUCGCUCAUCUCUCUCUCGGAAGACCUUCCGCGUCUGGAUGGGCAAUACACCCAGAUCGUAGCCAAGAUCAUCGACACCCUCCGCGCCUUGCUCAACAACGACGAGUCCGCACUAGCGCAGCACGUGCUGGUCAACGAGCAGAGUCUGGACGACUACAUGCUCGGAUGGGCGUGGAACACGGGCAAGUACCGAGCGGACCGCUCACUUCGCGAAACCGUCGAGAUGCUCGGCAAGGAACUCACCAGCAUCGACAACGUCAUGAAGCAAAAACUCGGCAACUACAACGCGGCCAAGAGUCAACUGCAACAACUCCAACGCAAGAAGCAGGGCAACCUGUCCACUCGCAGCCUCGCCGACGUCGUCCACAAGGAGGACUUUGUCGAUCCCAAAUCCGAAUACCUCGAAACCCUUUUGGUUGCGGUCAACAAGAACAACACCAAGGACUGGUCGGCGAAAUACGAACGUCUGACCCAGAUGGUCGUCCCCCGCAGUUCACACAAGAUCGACACCGACGACGAAUACGCCCUGUUCACCGUCACAGUGUUUAAGAAGGUCAAGGACGAGUUCGUCCAGAAGUGUAGGGAGAACAAGUUUUUGGUCCGAACGGAUUUCGCCUGGGACGACGACCUGGUAGCCCGACAGAGGCAGGAGCUGGAUGAGGCGGGCGACAGCGAGAAGGAGCUCUGGACCGAACUUCUGCGAUUGGCCAGGACCAACUUUAGCGAAGCCUACCAGGCUCUGGCCCACUUGAAGGUCGUCAGGACCUACGUGGAGAGCGUGUUGCGCUACGGUCUACCCGCGGACUACUUCGCGGUUACAAUUCGACCCAACCCCAAACGCACAAAGGCGUUGAUGACGACGCUUCAGAAUCACUUUGAAUACCUCGAGAGCUACGAUCAAAGCGGGAAGAAGGGAAAGAAGAAGAAGGGCCAACAGGAGGCAAGUGCGGACAAUGCACCGGGAGAGUACGCGCAGCUGUUGGAGGAGGAACAGUUUCCCUUUGUGCUCACCGAGCAGUAUAUGGUGGCUGUCUAG